GGAUUGCAAACUUGGCAAUAUUUCUCAUUAUAUAUGCAUAGCAUGCAUGAACUCCUUAUAAUUCAUACCAAAAGCAUCACAAAGUUUCUAUGGCUCUUCUUCACAUGAUUGCCUCCCUGCCUUUUGUUGUUCUCCUACUACUCCCUCUUCUACUCCUCACAAGAAGAAAGGAGGGCAGCACAUCACUAAAACUUCCCCCGGCCCCUCCCAAGCUCCCAGUAAUUGGCAACCUCCACCAGCUUGGAAGACUGCCCCAUCACUCCCUCUCUCGGCUCUCGCAACGAUACGGCCCCCUCAUGUACCUGAAACUCGGCCAUGAGCCGACCAUCGUGGUCUCCUCUGCCAACAUGGCCCAGGAGAUCCUAAAGACGCAUGAUCUAGAAUGCUGCAGCCGACCGCCCCGCACCUCACAUACAAAGCUCUCCUAUGGUUGCUCGGACAUCGCCUUCGCGGUGUACGGCGGGCCAUGGAGGGAGCUGCGAAGAAUUUCCAUUAUCGAGCUUUUCAGCGCCAAGAAGAUCGCCUCGUUUCGAUCCAUUAGAGAAGAAGAGGUGGAGAGAACUAUGAGCUCGAUAUCCUCUUAUUCAAGCAGUUCUCUCCCUGUCGAUUUGAGCAAAGAACUGAUCGCGCUCACGAGCACAAUCACUUGUAGAAUGGCUUUUGGAAGGAGCUACCAUGAUGUUGGAAGCAGAUUUCAGAUGAUUCUGAAUGAAGCACAGGCCAUGCUCGGGGGCUUUUUCAUCUCGGACUACUUGCCUAUCAUCGGAUGGGCCGAUUGGCUCACAGGGAUGAGAGCGAGGCUCGAGAAGAACUUUAUCGAUCUUGAUCGCUUCUACCAACAAGUCCUCGAUGAGCAUCUCGAUAGAGUGCAGCAGCAGCACCAGCAGGACUCUGGCGAAGACGUUGUGGAUAUUCUACUGCACAUGCAGAAGGACGAGAAAAGUCUAACCACGGACCAGAUCAAAGGAGUCCUUAUGAAUGUUUUCAUUGGUGGGAGCGACACGUCCUCAGCCACCGCGGGAUGGGCGAUGACGGAGCUAAUGAGGCAUCCACAAGCGAUGGAAAAAGCUCAAGAAGAAGUAAGAAGCCUCGUCGGGAGCAAAGGAAAGGUAGAGGAGAGCGACAUCGACCAACUACACUACCUCAAGUGCGUUGUGAAGGAGACCAUGCGAUUGCACCCAGUGGUUCCCAUGCUUAUUCCAAGAACAACGUUGCAGCAUUUCAAAAUCAACGGCUAUGAUGUCCCGCCCAACACAACGAUACUCAUCAAUGCUUGGGCGAUUGGAAGGGACGGGAGUUACUGGGAAUCGCCGGAGGUGUUCAAGCCGGAGAGGUUCAUGAAUAGCACGGAUCUCGAGUUCGCAGGGAAGGACUUCAAUAUGAUACCAUUCGGUGAAGGUCGCAGGAUCUGUCCGGGGAAGAACCUCGGGAUAAAAACGGUCGAGAUCAUGCUCGCCAACCUUCUUUACUCCUUCGACUGGGAACUUCCGACGGGUACGACGAAGGAGGACAUCGACAUGGAUGAGACACCGGGCGUUACCGUGCACAAAAGACAUGCCCUUCGGCUUCUUGCCACUAAAUAUAGCAGCGUCUACAGCUAAUUUUACAGAACGCGUCUUAGCUAGUGAGAUGCGCUCCUAUCUACCUACUCUGUUCGAUCUAUCUAUCAUUCUCUCGAUGUAUCUGCCUAUAUCAGUUAUCUAUCUCACUGGCUAUCUUAAUUAUGACUAUAAUAUGCCAAUCAUUUGUAUAUA